AUGAAUUCUCAUAAUAUUCGAGUCUUUCAAUCGCAAGAUAUUUUGUGUCCAAGUGAGUUGGGUCAACCUCUUUGCAGUGCUGCUAGUGAAGGCUUAUUUUGGGUGGCUUUUAGUGGAAUUAUCAAAGGAUAUGCUACUCAGACCACUCAAAAGGAAUUUCAGUGCAUGUAUGAAUUUCAGCCUUUGUGGUCCGAAGUGGAUGCGAUUCAUUACUUGCCAGAUAUUCGGAGAGUCAUCACAGUCGAACGAAGACUGACCACUGUUAUGAUGGGGAGUGGUGCUGGUGGACAACAACAACAGCAAGCAACAACACCCACCACACCAUCCACUCAUCAUCAACGAGGAGGAAGUGGGAUCAACAACCAAAAUAUUUCAAACACACCAAGAUCACCAGCAUUAUCAAAUGAUUUUUCCAAUGCUUUAAAAUCUUUUUCAUCAACGUCUGUUGCAACAUCCAGUAAUUAUAAUCAAAACACACAAACAAUUGUCGAACAAUGUUGUAGAAUUUAUCGAUUUGAAUACGAUAAAAAGGAGCGAAAGACCAUCAUUUAUCCAUUUUCACUUCCGAUUCAAAAUUUUGUCUCUACCAAUAGCACAACCACGACCACAACAUUAACUCAAGCAGCGACUUCAGGUACUGCUUCAAAUAGCGAGUUAUUAAUUUCUGUUUGCACCUAUAGUAAUCAAUUGUUGACAUGUGCAAAAGAUGUUAUUUCACUGUGGAAAUUUACCAAUAACAAUGAUACCCCAAUUUGCAUCUUAAAAGUACACACGUCAUGGAAUGUGAAAUGUAUUUCUGUAUUUAACCAGUUUAUUGGAUAUGGUACAGACAGAGAUGUGAGAGUCAUUGAACUCAAGCAAAAAGAACUGGAGCAAGAAAAAACACUGUUGGAAAACUCUCAAGAUGAUGAUAUCAAUGUAAAUAAUGGAGGAAGUACUAACGGAGAAGAGACAGAUGCAGCACAACCUAAUUCUGUAAAUAUAGGAGGUAGUGUCUCUCCCAACACCUCAGAUCAUAGCGAGACUCAGAAAAAGAAAACCUCACGCUUUAAGGAAAUUCAAAAGAGAAUUCAAGCUCAUGUCCAAGAACAAAUUGUUGGGACAAAUGCUGAGAGCCCACAAUCACAAAUAUCACAAGGAGGAAUUAUUACACGUCACCAAUCAUUAAAUCCUCUCAACAAAGGAAUGGCCAUGUACUGGGGCGUAAGUCAGCUUCAUGAAUCUAUUGAUGAAAUUCAAAUACGAUUCGAUAUGGGAACCAAAGAUUUAUUACCUUCUCCUGCCACUCAGAGCUAUAGUGAGUCUGUUCGUGUGAGUGACAAGACCAGUACGAAGAAGGGUACUCAACAAUCUGCAACCAACAUUGCUUAUGAUAUAUUUGGGCAAACUCCAACAGUGGAUCAUCCUGCAUUUGCGAAUCAUAAUUAUAUUGAUAUUUGUGUAAAUCUGCUUCACAAACAUUUUACAUCUGAUGAAAGUCCUCGUUCCAUUCAUUUUCUUCAAAACAUUUCACAAAAGAAAGAUUUCAACCAAAACACAGGAAUGAAGUGCAUAUUAAGCACAUCAACAUGUGGAUACGUUUACAGUUUGUCAAGUCCUCAAUCACUGCUUUGCGAAUUCGAAUAUACCGGAGAAUGUCUAAUGAGUGCUGUAAAUUCUCUAUUUCUCUAUGCCAUUACUCCAGUAGGUUUGGAGGUGUGGAGUGUCUUGGGAGGUAGUAAUGGGUGCUUGCUUCGUUUUCAUCCGUUUAUUGGAUUGAAGAGCGUUUCAGCAACUAAUAACCAUGUCGUUCUCAUCUCCAAGAUAAGUAGCAACGAGAAUGUUUCCAUUGCAGCCUACUACAACCAACAAACAGAUAAGACUGUGCUCAUAUCAGAUAUGAGAAGCGUUGAGAAGGUGAAUCGAAAUGCUUCGCCCUCCAAAGAUUCCUCAAGAAGUGGAAGACUGUUUCCAAUUUUCAAUGCAAGGAAAAAAAAGAGAAGAUAG